AUGGACAAAUUUCUGGACACGCAACUUCACCCAGCCGAUACCUGCAACAUCUGCACCGAGCAUUUCGGCGCACUCCACCAACCGGUCGCGCUUCCCUGCAAACAUAUAUUUGGCUACGAAUGUAUCAAGAGAUGGCUUAAGGGAGGGCGAGGUAACACAAAUGCUUGCCCAACCUGCAGGUUUGUUGUGGUACCGGAGCCGGAGUCGCGCGCAUCUUUCGACGUACCGUCAAUAUGGAAGGCGCUCUGUGAUGAGCCACCAGAGCGCCUCUACACUUUUAUGGAGCAGAUUUGGUCUGGUCUGCAAGUUCUGUGGCAACGACAUCCCACUGGCAACUUCACUGUGACGUCUAUUCUCGACAAAGCCAUCAUUCCCGCUCUCGUUGCUACUGCACGCACGCCGAACGCCCCAGGAAACAGGCAUCAGAACUCCAUACUAGAUUGCUACAACCUUCUAGCAGCAUCUUGGGACUCAAUUGGUAGAUUGGAUAUGGCUGCUGGCCUUGCGAUUCCGCUGGUGCGCCUUGCACGUUUGAUGGCCAACGCAGGCGCCGUAUUACCGAAAUGGCUGACAAAGAAUGCACGCGUGAAUCGGCUGAUUUGGCGUGCAAACGCCUGCCUGCCCAUCACUGCAGAACAUAUCUCUUGGGACUACCUCAUUGAAGCUACGCAACCGAAGGACGCCCGCCACAUGCCCCUCCUGCAUCUAUACACUGUCCUCAUCUCUCAAAGCAUCACGCAUCUUCCAACUCCCCAGCCAUACCCCACCAAACGACAUGAGAUCAUAAAUCUGGUCAUCGAGCGUUGCUGUACGAAGAUUGGCGGUGUCGGAUGUGUGUGGAAGAGCAAGCCAAGCAAUGAGUUCAAAGAUGAGCUUGUGGGCGUGUUUGAGGAACUACGACGGUACCAGAUUGAGAAGAAAAAGAUGAGCCUGCGUGGUCAUGAUGGAGAGGAAGCUCUCGUGAAGGGCAUAUGGGCACUUGCUGGAUGGGGUGGGAAGGGAACUUCGUCGUCGUCCUGA